ACUCCGUGUUUCCACUAAUCGGCAGCAGCUGGGUUGUCCCGCGGUUGCGACCACACCAACGCAUCGUGGCCGAUGACCUCGACACGGAAGGCUGUCAUGACAAGGCCGUCGGAAGGCCGUUUACAAACCCGGGGUCCAGUCGGUGCCACGACGGGUCAGACAGGGACGGAGUGUCUCCAACUCGGCUGACCGGAGCGGCACGUGCGCGCCAGGACCGAUCGUGUAUCGCCGACCGUUUGCCGGCGUCUGCGGUGUGGUCAGCGGCCGCCAUGUUGGACCGCAGCCAUCGCGGAGGGAGGGCGGCGGCCGCCAUCUUGCUGGCGGCCAUGCUGUGGUCGUGCGACCCCAUGGUGGCGGUGUCGGCGGACAGCUGGUGCAGCGCCGAGGAGGACGACCCGGAGUCGCGCUGGUACUGGCGAGUCGACGAGUACCCGCACCCGAUCGCGCAGCCGCGGUACUGCAACCGCUACCGGCCGUCGUUCGUGUGCGACCCGGACCGGGUCAUCAACAAGAAGCAAGCGGACGCCCUGGACGCGAUCAUCGAACGCAUCAGAAACGAGACCCUCUGCAUCUGUCCAACGUGCGGGAAGUCGCACGCCAGGGGCAUAACACUGGGCGUUGCCAUCGUGGAGCACAUUAACCGGCCGAAAAACCAGCCGAUCUCGGAAGCCGUGCGCAUCUUCGCCGAGACGCUGCGCAAGCAGUGGAAUCUGGGCAACUGCGACGACGACAUACUGCUGCUCAUCUCAACCAAGGAUAAGCAAGUACGGGCGGCCGAACAACUACGCCAUGACGUCUCCUCACACACCCUGGUGGGACCGGCGGUGUCGGACGUGUUCCCGCAAGAAGUGGCUGACCAGAUCUACCUGGAGAGCCGAGGCCACUUCGCCAACUGCGACUUUUUCCUCGGACUCGAGUCCAUGGUCCAGUCGUACUUUGACAUGCUGCGCAGGCUCCAGCUCAAAGGCCUGGUGGGCGCCCGGGUGCAGGCUUCGGCUGGUGCAAGCGCGGGCGUCAUCGUGGGCAUCGUGUUCGGCGCCCUGGCCGGCAUGCUGCUCGCCGUGGCCGCCAUCUUGCUGGUGGUGCGCCGGUGCGACGCCCCGUCCCUCUCCAGCAAGAGCAUUCCUGAGGCCUGGCGAAGGAUGCGCCACCUGCGAACUGUGAGGCACGGCGCUCCACAGCCGGUCCGGCAAACCACCAAGGCCGCCCAUCCGGCAGCACCUUACCUGGUCAGGAUUCCGGCGACAAGUGCGGCGAGCGCGGCUUCCGAACCGCCGGAUGUGACCAAACCUCUGACUUCCGGUCUACUGCUUCCGCCUCCUCCUCCUCCUCCUUUGCUGAGCAACGGACGCUACGAGGCCCCGAAGGGCCGCUGCGAGACUCCCAGGGGCCUCGACGCUAGCGACCCUAGCGACAGUUCCGGCGACGAAGAGUCGGCGACCGAUAGCGAGGGAGAGUGCAGCAGCUGCUCCAGCGCCGGGGACGCUCAUGAAAGCACUCCGAUUGCCAGCACCUCGAGUGCCGGUACUAGGGUCACGGUUUGAGUGCUGUGAUCUAGGUACUGGCCAGUCGCAAUGUCAUUUUACCUAAGUGCUGCCUACGUCAGAGGCACGUGGGCCGUGAAGGCCAAGACACACUCGUGACCCCUCACUACGUGCUUUUGCUGAGGCUUGCAGUGAAGUAAUCGUCGGAACCGUACUCCUGGGACUGGGGUCCGGGAGAACGCUGGGAACUGCAACUUGGCCGUCUCAAUGUCGCUUCGCCUAGUGCUACCUGUAUACGUCAGAGGCAUCUGGGCUAUGAAGGCUUCGAAAACUGAGAAGAUGCAGCCAUUUCUCCACAAAGUGCUAAUGCACCUCAUGCUCUUGGUAAAACUUGAACUGGCUUGUGGCCAGCCUCACUGUCACCUUGCCAAUUUCUGCAUGUCAGAGUCAUUUGGGUUACGAAGGCUUCGAACUGCUUAACGACGGUGUCAUGUGUCUGGAAUGUGCGGAAGGUAUUCUGCAACAUGCCCCAAGACUCGUAGAUAGAGAAAUUGGAGCCGUAUGGUUUCAUCGCUGUCAA